UUAUUGACUGUCUCUGUUAUCUACGGACGAAGUAAGUCGUGUUGUUUCUUACAUUACACUUUAUACGAGGAUUCGCAUAAAAAUAACAUUUUUCCAUAUAAAUAAACAAUUGUAUAUUAACUUGUGAACAUUUUAAUUUUGUUCAGUUUGCUUUUUUUUCGUGGGAAUCUUGAAUUAAAGGUAUCAAAAACCCAAAAAGGUAGUGAUAACGAGACAAAAUGAUCAAGAACAAACUGUAUCAGUACGGAAACCAGAAUGGGCGAGUCCCGGCUCACCUGAACUUUGGGAAAGAAGUUUAUGACAACAUGGUAGCAAAUAAGGAUAUUGUUGCAUUGGUAAACGCAGACAAUUCCGAUCAAAAAACAUAUGGAGAGGUAGCUCAAUUAACGGCUGAUAUUGCCCUCUCGCUCACUCGUAUAGGAAUUAGAAAGGGAGACAUAGUAUGCAUUUGUAGUGAGAAAAAUUUUGAAUUUUUGCCAACAGUUUUGGGCAUAAUGUGUUCAGGCGCUGUUUUCUCCCCAACUGACCCUACAUAUGGCAGCCAUCCCUUAGCCCAUCGAGUGAGGAUAGUCCGUCCAAAAGUAGUCUUCUGCUCCCUAUCAGCCUUCAAAGAACACAAAGCAGUCUUUGAUGAGGUCGGAUCCGUGCAGCACUACAUUUUAUAUGGUGACCAGGGCCAAGAAGGAGCGAUACUCUUCAAAGACUUCCUGGUCAAGAGCGUGGCUCUGGAAGACUUCGAGCCGGUUCCUGUGAACGGGUGGGAGGAUACAGCAUUCAUUGUCUACUCUUCUGGAACUACUGGUCUACCGAAAGGUGUUCCUGUCACUCAUAUAGGGUUUGCACUCACUCCAGAGCCAUAUUCUGUGCUGAAUGCACAGAAUAUGGCUCUGGAUAGCUAUAAAGGACUGGUAAUAUACACGUCUCGUGAGUUCUAUUACACAUAUGGGCUGAUGUAUGCCCUCGCCUGUUUGAGGUCCAAUGCGACCCUCGUGUUCAACGUCAAGGGAGGAGAGGUCCAAAUGCUGGAAGCUGUGCAAAAGUAUAAGCCGACGGUCCUCCAGUUGGCUCCUAUGAUCAUCACGGAGCUUAUCAAGUCACCGAACCUGGACCACUACGAUCACAGCUCAGUCAAGUACAUUGUAUCUUCCAGCACUUACAUCAGGCAGGACGCUGUGCUAGCUAUUAAGACACGGAUACCGAGUCUGGUGUCAGUUCUCCAGCUGUACGGCAUGUCUGAAGGUGGAAGCAUCUGCAACGAGCUAGCCUGUACCAAGGGAUACAAGGCAGGCAGCUCCGGGCUACCUGGACUAGGGUUUAUUAUGAAGGUGGUAGACUUGGAGACCAGACAGCCCUUGGGUCCCAACCUUCGAGGGGAGAUAUGCAUUAAGGGGCCCAGUGUCAUGAAAGCAUAUCUGGACAAUGUCCAGCCGGACUGCAAGGAUGAGGAGGGUUUCCUGAAGACCGGAGACAUCGGUUACUAUGACGAGGACGGCUACUUCUAUGUCGUCAACAGAAUCAAGGAGCUUAUCAAGUUUAAUGAUGUUUCUGUGUCUCCAGCAGAAUUUGAAGACAUUCUACUCCAGCACCCCGCCGUUCGUGAGGUGGGUGUGGUGGGCAAACCACAUCCUAUGCAUGGUGAGGUUCCAGUAGCCUUCAUAGUCCUGCAGUCAGGAGCUACAGCCUCUGAAGAAGAGCUUGUGGAACAUAUUAACAGCAGGGUAACCUUCAGAAUGCGGUUAGCUGGUGGGGUUCGCUUCUUGGACCGCCUCCCCCGAGGAGCUGGAGACAAGCUGGACAGGUUAAACCUGAUGAAAAGACUAGUAGACGAGGAUGCCAACUGACAGAAGACCGUGCCGGUCUUUUGAGAAGACCAAUUCUUUAAAUAUGAAUUUAAACUGAAUAUUUUUGUAUAAGAAUUGCUAUAUUCAUUAAUUUAUGUAGUCUACUCAUGGAAUUGUACGACGGGAUAACUCGACUAGUUUCAAGCCACGUUGGGGGUUCAUGGUCAAGCUGCGGACUACCUAGCGGGUUUACCGGGGCUCCGGCUCGACAAGGAGGAGUAGGAACGGGGUGGUUUUUAGUCAGUAAGAGUCUGACACUCCCUCUCGCCUCGCCCAGGGUGGGAGAAGGCUAAGGAUGAUUUUCCACCCUCAUAAAAAAAAUGGUCAUGAGUAGCAUGUGUGACAUACUUUGUUGAAUAGGUGACGCUCGCUGCGUCAUCUGUCAUGAACAAAGCUCCUUGCCACAGUAACUGUGAGUCCCGACAUUUCUUGAAACUAGUCGAGUUUCUUCGUCUGACAGUUACGCGAGUAAACCGUAAAAUGUAAUUAAUAGAUAGAAUAUGUUUGUAGGAUUUGACCAAGGUUUUGAUAUUGUCAAUUUGAUAGGCAUAUUGUUAUGGUAUGAAUAUUAAAAAAUCUAUUUAGUCUUAAUUAGAAUCAAGAAUCAAUAGUCAAUAUUAGACUUUCGAAGAUAUAUCAAUUUGAAAUAUCGCGUGACGACACUUCUAGGUACUGGCUCUGAUUGGUUUAAAAUCAAUUGGUCAUCAGUUAUGUUAUGUUAAACUAUGAGUCUGAUGUAAGGUGUUGGGAUGCGGAGGUGGUGUUAUAGUAUCGAAUAAUAAACUAAGUUUUAAGUAUAAUUAAA